AGGGCUUCAUUGAGGAAAAACGGCUGAGCCUGCUGGUCAAAGAGGAGCUCCAAUUCAAGACAAAGAUCUUCAGCGGGGACUGACUGAAAUCAAACACACCUGAGACUGUGUGACAAUCCAGAACUUUUGUGCAGAAAAUGGCUCAAUUCAAUUUGAUCCUCCUUGCUUUUGGGGUCACGCUGCUCCUGCUGACAGAGACAUGGGCCCAGAGUCCCAGGAAGAGACUGGCACCUCCAAAGCCUCCCAAGGGUCAGUGCUGUGACGAGGUUCGCUCUCUCAAAGUUCAGGUAGCCAAUCUAACCAGCAUCCUCGAGGAGCUGAGCCGCAAGCAGGAGACAGACUUGAUGAAUGUCGUGAGGCAAAUGAUGGAGCUGGACAAGAACAACCGGCUGCAAGAAGCCCGGGUCACAGAGGCUGAAAGCAAGUACUCAGAGAUCAACAACCGCGUGGAGAUCAUGCAGCUGCAAACCCUACAGUCUGCAACCCAGACUUCAUCAGAUGCCAUAUAUGACUGUGCAUCCCUCUACACCAAGAACUACAAGAUCUCUGGCGAGUACAAACUGCCAAAGGAUGAGUUCCUGGGCACACCAGACAUUAAUGUCUUCUGUGAUAUGGAGACUAAUGGAGGUGGUUGGACAUUGAUCCAAAGGCGCAAGGUGGGCAUUACAUCAUUCAACCGGGACUGGAAGCAGUACAAAACUGGAUUCGGAUCCAUACGGGGAGACUUCUGGCUUGGCAAUGACAACAUCUUCCGUCUCACAAGGCAGCCCAGUGUGCUGAGGAUUGAGCUUGAGGACUGGGAGGGACAGACACGCUAUGCUGAGUAUGGCUUCUUCAAUGUGGGUAAUGAACUCAACAGCUACAAGCUCUUCAUUGCCAACUACAGUGGGAAUGCUGGAGACUCUCUGCGCUACCACAACAACACCAACUUCAGCACCAACAACAAGGACAAUGACAAAUGUGUGGAUGACUGCGCUGCCCUUCGCAAAGGUGGUUACUGGUAUAACUGCUGCACUGACUCAAACUUGAACGGAGUGUUUUACCGCUACGGUGAGCACACAAGGAGCUCAGAUGGGAUCACUUGGUAUGGAUGGCAUGGGUCCAACUACUCCCUCAAAAAAGUGGAGAUGAAGGUCAGGCCAGUUGGUUUCCAACCAUAAGUGCCUCAGCUGUGUGUCCUGGAUCAAGAUCAUAGACCGCUUAAAGAUUUCACUGAUACCUGUUUGAACAAGUUGUGGGUUUUGCCUUGACUGCGAGAGGAUUAAGAAUGUCGUUUGUGAUGGUUACAUUUCAGUCAGAUGAAUGUGUUUUCGUUUCUUGCUGUUUGAUUGUAAAUUGUAGUUCAUUUUGUGUAUUUAUCAGUAAAAUAUUUUAUUUUUUAAAAGCUUUGAUAGAUGCUCUUUUACCACUGUCCCCAAUGGGUUACUGCAUUUUAAUGUCUUUUCUCAUUUGUCUUGAAAGCACUACAAUGUAUUUUUUAGUCGAUACAAGAAAUUUAUGGAUGGUACCUAAACUCAGUCCAGAUCGGUUUGGUUAAGGUGUAAAGGAAGGUCAUCAAGGAAUGAAUGGUAGGAACUAAUUAAAGGGUCUUUGUGUUGAGCUGGAAUGGGACCAAGCACCAAAGGUAUUUUCUAUGAAUUACGCUGCAUUUCUUUUGUAAACUGUAACCAUUGAUCAUGGAAAUGUGUUGUUUGUAAAAUGUGUACAGCUCUGUAAUUAUGUUGUUUCAUGUGAUAGAAAAUAAACAUAUUUUUUAAAAGAAA